UGACGAUGCGUUAUGCAAGAGUAAACGUCGUCGAGGCUUGCUUGACGGGCUGGUGGUGGAUUGCGAUUGCUGUGCAGGGCAACCUUGACAGCUACCGGUCGCUAUGCGUGCCAGUGUCAGUUACUGGCGCUUACUGUUGCAACCAAUGGAUGAGGUAGCUCGCGAUGCUUCUGCAAAGGUCAUCACUAUAUGCUUUGCGC